AAACCUCUGCCCACUUGUUGAGCCCCCGGGCGCGAUGGAGUCACAGAGCGAGCCGGGUUCGCGUCCCCGCGGUGCCGGUGUCCGCCCGAGGGCACGCGAGCUCCCGUCCCGUUGCGUGGACGCGCUGCGCACGGCCGCCGACGCGCUGGAGGAGAGGAGCGCCACUCUGGAGCACGAGACCCGGAUGGCGAGGCUCAGGUGGAACAGGCGGGAGCAGUCUCUGCUGGCCCGGGUGUCCACCCUGCACGACGAGGCCCGGCUGUCGGCUCUCCGGUACCAACGGAGGCUGCACCAGCACAUGCUGCACAUCAAGGGCAUCGCGGAGCAGGUCACCGGCUACUGCGAGAGAGAUGCGAGGACGCCUGACGCCCCGCGCAGCCAGAUGUUGGACACCGCGACCGGUGCAGAGGGAGAGCCACGGGGACAGCCGGAAGCCGCUGAGCUGAUCUGACGUUGUAGAAAGGUUUGAAGUCAGAACACCCGGAUCACAUUUCAUUUAGUGUCACUGCCUCCUCAAACAAAACCUUUUUGUAGAAAAUGUUAUGACACCGCUCUUCUGCUAAAUUCUGCA